CAACACUCGACAACCUCAUCCCACGAAUCGAUGGCACUACCCACAAGAUUUGCUUGCAGUCUUUGCGGUAGGCAAUAUCGGCACAAGAGCCAUCUGCACAGACAUGAAGCAACCCACUCAGGAUCUGGCGACUUUAGAUGUCAGUAUUGCAACAAAGGCUUUGGAAGAAGAGACGUCUGGCGCAAACACUACCUAAGCUGUACAAAUAACAACAACCGCGAUGGGCCUCCUCCAGCAGCCAAGAGGGGGAAAAAGGUCAAGGCAUGCGAUGCUUGCUUCCGCAGCAAGCUCUCUUGCGACGGGGUCUCACCUUGUACGAGGUGCAAGUCUCGGCACGCCACAUGCACAUACGCAAGGGUGCAGAACAACAACCGCAGCGUGUCCCUAGACCCGUCCCCCAGCGCCACCGACACCAACGGGGCUGGCUUGCCGAGAGCUGACGCGCAUCACUCGGCACGCCUUACUCCGGUCACCAAGGAUGACGAGACUGGGACUCCGAUAUCGUUUCUCCUCACUCUGACCAACCCCAGAGCUGAGUCGAUGAUCGAGGCCUUUCUCGAGGAGCCGAGCCGUGACGACAUCCCCAGCAUCGAGCUCCAGCCGGACACCAGCAUUCCCACCGACCCGGACCAGGAGACGGCAUCCGCAGACAUGUUCUUCCUCCCUUGGGCCCUGGACCAGAACCCUCCGGGGCCCUUCCCCGAGCUCGUACCCUGGCAAAGCCCCAGCCUGCGCGAGGAGGAAGAAGGCGUCGAUUCCGUCCUCCAGCCGACCGUGGCCGCGCUCACGUCCCUGCACGCCGCCCUCGCGGCCACCACCACCACCACCAACGGCUCCUCGCGCGGCGACGCCUUCGACCCGGCCCUCGCUGGCCGCGUCUUCACCCGCUCCAACCGGGACAUCUUCCUGCCGAUCUACUUCCGCUUCACCCACCGCCACGUCCCGCUCAUCCACCGCCCCACCUUCGACCCGGCCGCCUCCGCCCCGGCCCUCGUCCUGGCCGUCUUCCUCUGCGGCGCCCUCUACGCCCCGCCGCGGGACUGCGUCCUCGCCGUCCGCGGCUGCUUCCCCCUCGCCGAGGAAUACGUCUUCCGGCGGCUGGAGGGGCUGCUCCGGCUGCACGAGCACGAGCACGAGCACAGCGAGCGAGACGCAGAACCACGCGCGGGGAAGGAGUCGGAGCGGUAUGAUCCGGAGCGCGAGCGGGAAACGUACGAGACCCUCCAGGCCGCGCUGCUCGUGCACGGCGCGCAGUUCAUGAUGAACGAUCCCGCCGCGAGGAGCACCGCCUGGGCGGCGAGGUGGCCGGCCCUGGUCGGUGCCGUGAGGCGGCUGGGGCUGACGAGCGCGAGGCAGACGCAGUCGCCCGACGCGGAGGCGGGGGAAAUCGACUGGGGGAGGUGGGUAAGGGACGAGGUCAGGAUCAGAAUUUCCAAUGCGGUCUUCCUCACCGACUGGCAGCAGUGUGGCGUGUUCCAUCUGCCGGUGCUUUCAACAUUCCACGAGAUGACCGCAGACAUGCCCUCUCUGCCGGAUCUGUGGGAGGCCAAAGACGCUGCCGAGUUUCGAGCCGCCAUCGAAGCGAACGGGCGAGGCUGUUGGCGGCGAUCCGCAUCCCUCCGCGACUGCACCGACGCGCUGGUUGCCGAGUCUUGGUCAGGGGUCAAGGGUUUCCCGCUUAAGAACCUCACGUGUCUCGAUCACCUCAUUCUUAGUACAGCCAUUCAUGUCAUGAUCGGCUCUGCCCGUUUUGUGUCGCUACUCCGGCCUUGUAUCCCGGUCCUCCGCCGAGCGAUAGACCGGUGGCAAGAGCUGUGGCACGCAACUGUCAGCAAGAUUGAUGACGAAGAGCUGCGCACGAGCGGCUUCUUUAGGCACUGUGGCGAAUACGGCUGGCUCGCUAGGGCUUUGUUGAAAGAAUCGCUAGAGGGGAAGGACAGAGACUCGCCAUAUUACCGACGAAUCGGUCAUGCUACACCAAAAGAGCUGCAUGAUCUGUUGCGUAAACUGAGGGAGGGAUGAAAGAUUGCGAAUUGGAGCUUGGUUAUUAUUCCCUGCGAAGGCUGUGUCUGGGCCCGCAUUGCACUAACAUAGACAAUCUCCAAUCUUACAGAAGAGCAGACAGCUCGCUCUUUACCAAAGAUGUCGGUGAUAACUGUUCGGUUCCUAUCGUUGGAGAGAGUUGAAGUUGUU